AUGUGCGAAGUCUAUGUAAACUCUACUAAUUGUUGUAAUAUUUUUAUGACUUUGUAAAAUAGUAAGUUUCAGAAGAUUUUUAUUAGACUGAUAUUUAGAAAACUAAUUUCGGAAAAGUAUUUUCAACAGAAGUGAGAAGCACAAAAGAGAUGUUGUAAGACUUUUAAUGAAAAGUUUUGAUUUAUUUAACGAGAAGAUGUUACGUUAAGCGAUGAGUUGAUUUGUCAUCUAAAUUGCUAAUAUUUAAAUUUAAUAUUCCAACAUAUUAUUAACUAUGAAUUGAACAUUUUGAUGAGUUACACGCAAUGGAGUUGCUAUAAAUAAAUACUGGAUGUAAGAGUGGUUUUGACCAAAGAAAACGACAGCCAGGAAGGUGAAACUUCUUCUUGAGACGACUCGAGUCAAUGAGAAUAACAGGUUUCCUUUUUCUUCACACUCUUCUGCAGCUAUAUUUAAUCAAACAUGUAACUUUGUUCGAAAAAAAUAAAUAUUUGAUAAAUAUCAAAGAAAUUGAUAUGCAUGCAAUAUGAUAUUUAUCAUAGUUUGAUUCUGUAGUAUCUGUUCGAGAUUGUAAUACUACAGUUACCAUCCGAGAUAAAGGUCGAAUAAAGGUCAAACUUUUGCAAAUUACGUAAUAUUAUAUAAACUAUUACAUAAAAGCACGACUAGUGUUGAAUUAAUAAUGUGUCAAAUAUCGUAAUUCUCACUUAUUUGAGGUUUAUUGAUUUAUUGCAUUUUGUGUUAUAUAAUGAAACAAUACGCAGUAUUGUUCUUCUCUUUUGUACUUCUAAUCUCGAUUAAAAUCAGAGUGAAAGUUAUAAUAUUUUAUGUUAAAAGUUUUCAAUUUUAAGACUUUUUAGAAGAAAGUUUCACUCUCCGUGAAAUUUUUGUACAAACAAUAAUUACGCCGAUUAGAAAAAAAAAUACUCAAUUUUUAUGAACAGGAGCAUAAGGUUUAUAUGAAAUAAGCAAAAACUUUUAUUUUGCAGUUUUUAUUAUGUUGCGUUGCAAAAUCAUUCGAAUUCGAAGUUCAAUGGGAAAUAGUGGUGUGCAGGCUCUCGAGUGAAGAUAUACACGAACUAUCGUUAAAGAGCGGUCAUUAUACGCGGGUAUAACGAGCAACGGUGGAAUUAUCUUUGUAGCGCGUCGUUGUUUCGUUUCGCAACAAUUCUUGACAUUUUCAUGGCGGCAGAGCAUCGGCCUUUUGUAAGGUUGUCAGUUGAACAAUCUUACGAGCUACAACAUUACGACACCUGAUUGGUCAGCCGUGCUGUCAUAAGGUAAUUUAACGACAAUUUGUUACCUGUGGACUAAUAAAGUUUCAUAAUCCCGAUAUUAAGAAUCAUCAGUCGAAUUCAAUGAUUCAAUUUUUAAUUGCAAAUCGGUUGCAGAAACCGAUAAAAAUUUUUUGUAUACAUUUAACAGGAGUAAAAAUCUGUGAUAACUUUUUUUUUUUAAAUUACAAGUUUAAAGGUAUAUGAGGCUCCUCUAAUUGGAUUGCAAUAA